AUGUCCAGCGGAAGCAUCACCAUGGAGGUGAAAGAAGAAGCCGUCGAGCGCGCGCCCAGGUCACACGUGGACAGCUCGCCGCUGCCGACAGACUCGAUGGUCACAGUGCCCCUCUCCGAGACGGACGGCAGAACCCCAGAGGAAGAGGAAGGCGCGAGGGAAUCGGUGAUGCGGCCAGAGAUUAUAGUUGAGGAGCGAAGAGCAUCAUCACGAACCAACUCAACGGAAAUCCGCAAUGCCUUCGGACACCGCGCCAGCCAAUCCAGCGUCGACACACCCGCCCCAACCAGCCCUACCAUCUCAGUGCGGGACACCGACGCACCCGUCUCCCCCAAGACAGCAGCGCCAGACUGCAGGGGGCGCCGUACUAGCAAUGGCUCGGGAAAAAGCGAAGAGGUCGACUGGGCUGAGCUAGAGAAAAAGGAAGAACAGGAGCCCGAGGGCGAGGAGGAGGCCAUGGCCCUGCUGCUCGCCCGACUAGAGCAGGAGAACGAAGCCAUCCUCUCAAACUCAAAGUCCAACAUGAAGGUCGCCCGCGCCCGCAGCCAGUCCCGGCCCCCCUCCUUCAACCAGCUCAAGCGCCUCGUGGCGGAUGACACCUCCACCAUGCGCUUCUCCCAGCUGCCCUCCCCGCCCCCCAUGACCGAACUCGAGUUCUGGGCUGCCCUCGUACGCGACUACCCACAAACCGUUCACAGAUUGCCCACGCUCUGCCUGAAUAAGAUUCGGGGAGGCAUACCAGCGCCGCUGCGGGGCGUCGUCUGGCAGAGUGCAGCUGGCUCGAGAGAGAAGCUGAUCGAGGACCAAUAUGACUCGCUGUGCGGAGAGUCGAGCCCAUACGAGAACAUCAUCAACAAGGACUUGGGACGCAGUUUCCCCGGUGUGGAGAUGUUCAAGGACCCUGAAGGCGAGGGGCAGAAGAUGCUUGGCCGCGUGCUCAAGUGCUUCAGUUUGUAUGACCACAAGAUUGGCUACUGCCAGGGUCUUGGUUUCCUCGUUGGCCCGCUGCUCAUGCAGAUGGGCGACAAGGAAGCCUUUUGCGUGCUCGUGAGGCUCAUGGAAGACUACGAUCUACGCUCAUGUUUCCUGCCGGACCUCUCCGGCCUCCAUCUGCGCAUCUUCCAGUUCCAGAAGCUGCUCCACCAACACAUGCCUCAGCUAGCCCAACAUCUCGACGAUCUUGAAGUGCAGUCCGCAUAUCUAUCGCAAUGGUUCCUGUCUUUCUUCGCUGUCACAUGUCCGCUACCCAUGUUGUUUCGCAUCUACGACGUACUAUUUGCCGAGGGCGCAUCCGAGACGAUCAUGCGGGUAGCCCUCGCGCUAAUGAAGCGCAACGAGCAAAAGCUGCUGUCCCUGAGUGAGUUCGAGGACGUAAUGCAGUUGCUUUUGGGGCGCCAACUCUGGGACCCAUACGGGCGGAACGCGGGGUCGGCGGAUGAAUUGGUCGGUGAUUUCGUUGGUUUCACAAACGACGUGACGCGCGAAAGGUUGCAGGGAUUGGAGCAGCAGUACAAGGAGGCCCAGGAGAAGGAUUCGUCCAAGCAGCAAGUCCAGAAAUCUGCCACGUCGUUCCUGGGCCGUCUGUGGGGUCCGUCCAACUCUUCGACCAAGUCCGUUUCACUCAGCCCGGGUCUCUCCGCGCCUUCACGCCCUGUUAGUUUCCUCAGGCGCUCGGCGUCCAAGCAGAGUCUUGCCUCGACACUCAACUCUACUGCCGAAUCGGAUGCUUCUGCUGCGACACAGAGUACAGCCAUGACUGAUAUUUCGCGCGCCUCGAAUGGCGACGCGCUGUCGGUGAAGUCGGGACACGGCUCCAUGGCCAUGGGCGCAUCGUCCAAAGACCGGGACCUGCACUAUCAGAUCGAGCAACUCCUCAUGUCCGUAAGCCAACUGCAACGCCAAAACAGCGAACUCGAAGCCGCCCUCCAAAAGCAGCGCGAAGACCGCAAAGAAGACCACCGCAUCGUCCGCACCGUCGUCGACAAAGUCCGCAAAAAGACCACCACCCUCGCCGCACCCUCAACCCGUUCCUCCCGCCGCCGCACAACAAUAACCUCCGCGACCACGCUGCCUCCCUCCUCUGAUGACGCCCCCACCCCCGAACUAACAGAAGAAGCCUCUGAAAUUGUUGAAACGCUCGAAAGCCGGUUUCCAGCCGCCACCCUCCACCAUCGCGCCUCCUCCAUGUUCGAAACAAAAGCCCUCCUCCGCGACAAUCUGUCCCGCACGAAGGAGCAACUCGCGAACGAGACCCUGCGCGCCAAUGCCCUGGCGCGUGAUCUUUCGGACCGCGACGCAGAAUUGCAAAUCGCACGUGACGCGCUGAAGGAUACGAGACACAGGUUGCAAGAUAGCUACAACCAAAACCAGCGCCUCGAGAAAAACAUCCAAGAACUAAGGCAGAAUGCGCGGAAACAGUCUGCGGCUGCGAGUUGGACGGGCGUGGAUCAUAGUGGUGGGAAUGCGCCUGAUACACCGCCCACACUAUCGCGUUCUACAACGAGUGAUUCCAUCAACACGAGCGGGUUAAGGGAAUUACGGCUGGGUAGAACGAAUAGCCAGAAGAGCGAAAGGGGUUAUUACAACUCCCCCGCGCCGCCGGUCCCGUUUUCCAAACGAAGCAGUUCACUGGCUACACAAUCGGUACUCGCGACUGAAAACAACACACCCGCGGACAGCGAAGCUCUUCUGUUGGAACUUGUAAACGCCAAAACGGCGGAGGCGGUCGCGAGACAGGAACUCGAGGAAAUGAGGAGUAGGUUUGAGGGGAUGAAGCGUGUUAUGAGUAGCGGUGGAGCGAAUGGAGGAGGGGGAGGGGGGUAUAGUGGGAACGGAUCACCGAUGUCAGGAAGUCCCUUUGCGACGCCUACCCAAACGCCGGCUGUGACGCCUAGUCCUGUUCCUAAAGAACCGGCAGCGGGGACGGGGGGAGGAUGGGGGUGGGGAGGGUGGAAGAGGACGGUUAGUAGUAAUGCGGCGGGGGGCUCUUAG